AAAUGGCUUCGAAAAUUAUUUUGACUGUCGUAGCUUUGUUCGGAGUUGUGCAAUAUGCUUCGGCGUUCGAUUGCUCUCAAAUGAAGGAUCAUGCCGAAGAAAUUUCGAAGUGCUGCUCGGCUCCGUCCCCGUGGCCUGAGGCAGAAUUGAAGGAAUGCUUCCAAACCAAGUAUGAAGGAGGUGUAGAGGAUCAAGUGAUUUGUGCCGUUGAUUGUUCCCUGAAGAAGCUGGGCGUCAUGAAUGAGGCCGGAGAGCUCGAUAAGGCCAAAGCGCUGGAGUAUCCGGAAAAACAUCUGCAGGGUGAGUGGCGCGACACUUACAAGGCAACCAUCGAGGAAUGCUUCGGAAAGCUGGAACAGAUGAAAUCCAAGGCUGCGGAAGCGCAAGCAAACUUCAAGUGCCCGGUGCUACCGAUGUCGUUGCAUGUUUGCGUCUCGGAUAAGAUGUUCCACCGAUGCCCGAGCGAGCAUUGGCAUACAAGUCAAAUUUGCGAAGAUGUUAAGAAGCAUGAUUGCUUGGAGCGAGACUAGAGGUUGAGAUGUAUCCAUGAUAUAUCUCCUAAAUUUAUUGUUAACAUUUUGCCCAACCAUUGUUAGCCAUCAUUGAAUAAUAAAUAGAAUGUCACUACCUUGUUGUAAA